AGCAACCCCCGCAGUUCGAUUGAAGUCGCCGGCCGGCGUUCACCACGUACCUCGCGAUCCCUCGCAGUUUGAAGAAAAAUCGCGAAUACCCCUCGCGAUCCGAGGGUCGAGCGUACGCAAUUUGUUGUUAACGUUUUUUUUCUGUUUUUUAUAAAUAAUUGUGACGAGCGAAAACCCGCCGUUCAUCCACCCCACGAGUAGUGAUCGACGUAUCAAGUAAAAAUAGCAUCGCAGCACACACUGAAUUUUAACACCCUAUGAGUGCAGUGGAGUAUAUCUAGCCCUAUCCUAUCCAGAAUAAUAUACACUACGAGUCAGAGUCCCAAUCGUUGCGCUUCCCCGGGAUUAUGAAAAAUUUUCGACGAUUUUAACGAAUGAACGAAAUGAAAUUAUGAAGAUUUUGUACACCGAGUAAAUUGACACGAGAUUCUUCUUCUUUUUUUUUUUUUUUUUUGUAUGGGCUAUAAGUUUUUGAGGGGGUGAAAAUUUUUGGAUUCGGGUUUGAUGUCGAGAUGAGCGCGGGGAUUAGGUGAUAAUAUCGAAGUGAAAAGGAUUUUCGGUUAAUACCUGGAACAGACGGGGGAGGGAACCACGUUUCGCACUUUAAUACCUCCGCCGUAGAGAAUUACAUGUAUGUACAUAAUGUAAUAACGCCGUUUCGGGGAAGCUACGACGUGUUCCCAUACUCACGGUGUUACUCUAUAAUACAGUGAAGAUCUUAAAAGUUUUACUUCGCCACCUACCUACCUACCUCGUCUCACCACUCAACUUCCCUCGCUCAGUUUGAACCGACACAUCCGUAUUAACACACGUACGCGAUAAGCUGAUCCGGUAGUAGGACGGAUAGUGAAUGAGAGAGGCGAGAGAAGAGAGGGGGGAGAGUGAGACAAAUAAUAUUCCUACAUUUACUACUUGACACAAUAGCUGCACACGCAGGAUACACACCGCACACGAUCCUCCCCGUACAUAUUUAGUGAACGCGUAACACAUGUAUGACCACGUAUAGAAGGGAGAUCACAGCGAACCUCGAAGAGCGACGUGCCAAAGGAAUACAUAACUGGAUUCGCCGUUCACCUGAUAAUACCGCCGUUGAUACCGUUCGAUCAUUUUGCGGUCUACGACACGUCGGAAGUGAGCUGCCCAAGUUUUUGGAAUAUAAUGCACUAGUGCAAUCCGUUUUACCGCGUCAAUUACGCCGAAGGAAAGUGUAUGUUACAACGGGGACAAUGUCUGGAUAUUGGUGUUGGGUUUUUGUGAUUUUUGGACACCUUGUGACCGAAGUUGUUCGAGCUCAAAACCCCGUGGAGGAUAAGACCACCUUCGAGGCAGCCUUUCAGGGAAGAUGCGGUCACGGAUCACCCUGCGAACAGCUGUGCUACGAGCUCCACGACGGGAUGUACGAGUGCGACUGCAGGGACGGAUACAUUUUACACAAAAAUGGAUACAGCUGUGCAGAGCUGAAUUCAACCGCAUCGUCCAUGAGUGAUCUCGGCGAGUUUAUCGAGGACACGGAAAGCGACGAAUUGAGUCCAGACCAGGACGACGAGGAUGCGGUCGAGGAUAUCCUUUACAUGAGAGGAGCCUCCUUCGUGAUACACCUCGAUCCCGGGCCGGCGGACGAAUCUUCGUCGUCUUCCUCAUUAACCGCGAACGAAACGAACGUCGAAACUGACGAGGAUACUAACGAGAUUCCGAAUCGGGGCGAACCUUCGCCGACGUCGCAGGUCCCGACCCUCCAGGGCCAAAAAUUGUCGUACACGACGGAGGGAGUCUUGGGAACGGACCCAGCUUGCACCCUGGAGUGCGGUCCCGGUGGAAAUUGUUACGUUGAAUCUCCCAGGAUUGACGAUGCCGGGCAGGUCGGUCAGCCGGGUCUUGAGGUGACCGCAACUCUCCCCACAAGACAAACCGAGGGUUCCUACUUUGGUCAGAGAUGUCAAUGUCCGCUCGGUAGAGGCGGUGAUCGAUGUCAGCACGAAUCGGAGGUGAGAUCUCCGCGUUUCACGGGAUCCGGUUGGCUGGCUUUUCCUGCCCUCAGAGCAGCCUACAAACACGUACAACUCGAGCUUGAAUUUCGACCGGAAGCUUGGGACGGGGUGCUUCUGUUAGCCGGCGAACGCGACGAUCUCCAGGGCGAUUUCAUGGCCCUGAUAUUACACCAUGGUUUCGUCGAGUUCAGAUUCGACUGCGGCAGCGGCGUCGGGAUAGCGAGGACGUCGGAUACCGUCAAAUUAAACGAAUGGAACACCCUGGCCGUUUACAGGCAUCGUUGGGACGCCUGGAUCCAGCUCAACAGGGGAAGACGUAUCCAAGGAAGAUCCAAGGGAUUGUUCUCGAGGAUCACCUUCAGAGAGCCCCUCUUUGUCGGCGGUCCCGGAAAUACAACCGGACUCGAGAGACUUCCGGUAACCAUCGGGUUCAGAGGUUGCGUCCGCCAUUUGGAAGCAAACGAGCAUCACUAUCGGUUUCCGCUAGCCCCUCUCGGCGACUCCGCCAACGGAUUUGACGUCGAGGAGUGCACGGCCGAUAGAUGCAGUAAGGUACCCUGUUCGCACGGUGGAAAAUGUCUGACGACCGGAGGCGAUACCGCCGUCUGUUUAUGUCCUCUGGGAUACACCGGUGACCUUUGCGAAACGAGGGUGGAUCUUCAGGUGCCUUCGUUCAACGGUUCAUCUUAUCUUCGUUAUCCCGGACUCGGCGAUUCGUCACUUUCCUGGUUAGAACUUUCCGUUACACUGAAGCCUCUGGCUCCCGACGGAGUGAUUUUAUACAAUGGACAUCACAGCGACGCCACGGGGGAUUUCAUCGCCCUUUACUUGGCCGCUGGACACGUCCAGUUCACCUUUGACCUGGGAACGGGACCGGCGACGUUGAGGAGUGAAAAUCCCGUGCGGUUGGGCGAAUGGUUGGAAGUACGCGUUUCCAGAACGGGACGUCUCGCCUCCCUAGAAGUCGAGGACGAACCACCCAAAGAGAUCCUGGCACCCGGGGCUUUCACGCAGCUCUCUUUGCCCCUCAAUUUUUAUCUGGGCGGCGCACCCGCCGCGGACGUUUACUCCCCAAAGUUGAAGACCGUCGCAAGCUUCGUGGGAUGCGUCCAGUCCGUCACCCUCAACCGAAGGGAGGUGGGGAUCCUGGCGGAAGCUUUGGGUGGGGUGAACGUCGGGAAUUGCGGUCAUGCCUGCGAAGCUCGGCCGUGCGGCGACGCGGAGUGUCGUCCUCUUCGGGAAAGAUUCACCUGUCGGUGUCGCCCGGGUCUUCCGCACCCCUGUCCGACCCCCGACGACUUCGAGUCGUCAGCCUCCGCAGCGACACCGAUCCCCGUACCGCUAGCGGCUCCUUUAGGACCCGGGGCAACGGAAAUCAGUCGUUACGAACGGGCUGUUCCAAGCUUUUCCGGCGCUGAUAGCUACCUGCAUUUCAGCGACGCUGACACGAUGAAGAGAAUAAUCAGCUUUCGAGUCGACAUAAACAUGAGAUUCAGGGUGAGCAGCAGCAGUGGACUCUUGCUAUGGAGCGGGAGACAAUUGGAUCCCCAGGAAACGACCGACACGAACGGUGAUUUCCUUGCAUUGGGGCUCGAUCAGGGUUACUUAACGCUCGCUUACAAUCUUGGCUCCGGGGAGGCAUCGCUGAGGUACAACUUGACGAGACUCGACGACGAUCUUUGGCAUCGGGUCAGAGCGGUCAGAAACGAACAGUGGGCAUCUCUCGUCGUCGACAGCGGGACCGGAGUCUCCGUUUCGUCGCCGGGGCAGCUCAGACAACUCAACACGGACACGGGCCUCUAUGUCGGUGGAGCUCCAGACGUCGUGAGGACGACGGGUGGACGUUACACGAGAGGAAUCGUCGGUUGUGUCAGCGACUUAGUUUUGGACACAGACUUUUCAGUCGCGUUAUCGUCGCCUGGUCAAGCGACCAACACGCAUUCCUGUAUUCCUUGAGGUCGUUGAAAAAAGGUUUCUCUAGGCGUGUAUCUCCUAUAAUGCAGGGAAUAAAGUAACACACAUUGAUAAUUGUAAAGGAAUAAUAUAGAAAAACGAAAGAAUGAAAAAUUUGACAAAAGUUCAAGUGUCUGGAAAUUUUAAGAUGAAAAAAAAUUGAUAGCAACAAUAUUACAUACACAUUAAAACGCACGGUAUAAUUAUCUAACGAAAUGGGGUACCCGACGAGACGUAAAAGGGAAUGAAGAUCCGUGUAAGGUACCUUGAACGUUCGUUAUCGGCAGCAGCUCGUCACCGGAGAUUUAUCUCAUACGCGGAAACUGUGAGGAUCUGUACAGGUUGACGACUUUUAGCCUCAGCAGAUUUUCACACUUUCGGCAGAAGCGGUGUACACGAAACUACGUCUGCAACUUGAUGGAUGAAAUAUCUGCAUCGAUUACCAAAAAAUUGAGGAAAAAUAGAGGAGAAAAUUUCCGAGCUAUUGCCUAAAACACACACCUAAGGUAUAUAAGUUAAACGAUAAGGGCCCGGUGGGAUGAAAAAUAUUUCACCGCGUGGUGUAACGACGGUAAAAUAAUAUAUGAUAAUGAAAUGAAAAUUGAAAUAAUGAACUAAAAUGAAUUAUAAAUAAAAUUAUAAUAUACAUAUAGAUAUACACACUGGAGAAGCAGAUCUAGUCAGCUUAUAUAUUGUAAAUUGUAUAUAUCAUAAUAAUAUAUGUAACGCAAUUUGACAUUUCACGUGAUGCAGAUGGGCGGGAAAUUUUAUCGAUCGCGAUUAAUCGGAUGAAAAAUUAGGACGUGAUGCGGAUACGAAGUAACAACGGUCGAUGACAUCCGGUUUCAGGAUUUGAUCGAUCGUUAAUUGGAAAUCUGUGAGAAUCA